UUAAAAUUUUGGAAUCUGACAAAAUAACACUUGGACAUAUUUCAAAAUAUUGGGCAUGGCUUAGAAAAAUUAUUGAUAAAUUAUCUAAUGAUGAUUUUUUAGAUUUUAAAGACCUAAUGUUUAACAAAAUCAAUAAUAUAUGA